CGUUUGGAGUCUUUGUCUUGCGCCUCCGGCUCCUUGGUCUUGCUGAGCUUUGAGCCCUUGAGGUCGACUAACUAAUUUUUACAUUGACAUACUAAAGCGAGAGAGAGAGAGAGAUAGAGAGAAAGAGGAGAAUCGAAACCUCAAUGCCUUGUACUACUCGAUGCACCACUUCCGGAUUUGUUCAUCCAGCCUGUCGAUAGAGAACUUGAACUGUUGAAGUCUAUCUUGUAUGGGAUUGUAGGAUUCUCGGUGUGUGCCGGAUAGUCUGCAAAUGACAUUAGAGUGUAGCCGGUGCUAUGGACUCCUAGGCAGUCGACGGACCCCAUCCGUCCCCGAUUGAUAGCUCGCUGUUUGGACAGGGGUUGGUCGCGCAGAGUUCCUCCUACUAUGGCCGGCGCGGGAACGCACCACAACAGGCUGAGGCCGACCCCGCCGAGCGUUCCCAGCUGCCUGCUGGGUGGCCUCCACUUCCGACGAUGGGACACAGAGGACAGUGAUGGUCCAUUUGCUCACCACGAAGUGAAAGUGGAUCGAAGUGGCCUGAUUCUGUCUAUCAUGAACCCCACCAGUGAGGGUGUUCCCAUCUAUCUUAGUGAAGUGUCUGACGUGCGUUAUGGCAAGUAUGCUCGUCAACCCAAAGAUCAAAAGUUGGUUCAGUCACUGAGCAACACUGCUGCUGUGUCCAGCUUUGAGGAGAUAGCAGUAACUAUAGUCUAUGGAAUGAAUCUAGUUGAUACUAGCUUCAUCAACCUGGCUGCCAUUUCCCCAGAUGAUGCCAAGUUGUUCGUUAGCGAGCUGAGAAAGUUGUUGUACAACGUCAUUGCCACCAACAUCAGCGAGGCGGUUAUGCUGGAACGCGAGCAUGCACGACUAUGCACGCUGCGACAUCCCGAGAAAGAUGCGGUUGCUGCGAAGCACAUCCAGGCCCUGUUUGCAGUCAAGCCUAAGGAAGUAGUUCAGCACGCGAUGGAGAGCCGAGGCUGGAGUUCUGGGCCCAAGGACUUCAUUCCACUUGCCUCGUUUACCCUUGAAGAGUUUAUAGCACUUCAUGAUGAGCUGGUACCGGCCCCCUACAUAUCUGAUGUGAUCGAGCGAAUACAUAGAAGCAAGACUCCGAAACCGUACGUGACUCUAAAGGAGUUUACCAGACUGCUGAAUACAACACACCGCGACCCCCGCCUCAAUGAGGUUCUCUUCAAACUGCUGAAAGAGGACGAAGUGCAACAGAUCCUGGAGUCGGUGGAGCCGAAUGCAGACUAUUCCAGAAAGCAGCAGAUGACACCCGAGGGCCUGCGGCGCUACCUGCGCUCCGUACACAACGCUGUCACGGAUGUGACUUGCUUCACUCAACACCAGGACAUGGAGAAGCCGCUGUGCCACUACUUCAUCAACUCCUCGCACAACACCUACCUGACCGGGCACCAGCUGACCGGCAAGGCCACCGUUGAGAUCUACCGGCAAGUGUUGCUGACGGGCUGCCGCUGCAUCGAGCUGGACUGCUGGGACGGCAGUGAUGGCGACCCGAUUAUCACGCACGGCAACACACUUGUCAAUAACAUUCCCUUCAAGGAAGUGAUAGAAGCCAUCAACGAGUGUGCGUUCAAAGUCACAGAUUAUCCGUUACUCUUGUCGUUUGAGAAUCAUUGCCGAUUUCGCCAGCAGCGUCGCAUGGUACACUACCUGAGAACAAUUCUAGGCGACAAACUGUUACUGGAGCCAUUAGAAAACUGCCCCUUAGUACCGGGAAGUCCAUUACCAUCGCCAAAUCAGUUACGUGGAAAGAUCCUUUGCAAGAAUAAGCUUCUAGUACCUAAGCCUGAGAAAGGGAAAGAAGAGGAGAGUGAUAUGCAGGUCAGGCAUAUGUCAAGAACUAUCACAGUGGAUGACGAGAGCAGUGUUACUCGGCGAUCUGUUUAUAGGCCGCAGGAGAGUCAAGAGCAGGACCUGUUUGCCCUCUCACCUGGCAGGGUUCAGUCAAUGCCAGCGAACUGCCAUCUCGACGAAGCUAGGUCAACGUCGACAAUAACUCCGCUGCAGACGUCACAACGCAACUCGACCGCAUCUGAAUUUGGUGCGCCUGACCAUGUGGAUGCCAGCAUAUCAAUGAUUGCUCCGAAUGGCAGCUGUGAGCUAGACAUGCCGUCGCUGGUCAACUACCUUGAGCCUGUCAAGUUCAAAUCCUUUGAAGAAUCGGAGGAGAAGGAUCGGCACCAUCAGAUGUCGUCAUUCUCUGAAACACAGGCCAUACGUCUGGUCUUGGACUUCUCGAAGGAAUUCGCAAAGUACAUGCAGCGCCAGAACAUACGUAUCUACCCGCGAGGCACCCGUGUGGAUUCGUCCAACUACCAGCCACAGGUGUUCUGGAAUGUUGGCUGUCAGAUGGUGUCUUUGAAUUUCCAAACAUUAGACCUACCCAUGCAGCUUAACCUUGGAAAGUUUGAUUACAAUGGCAGGUGUGGCUACUUGCUGAAACCUGACGUGAUGCGGCGGCCUGAUCGUGACUUUGAUCCGUUUGCCGAGUCUCCCAUUGACAGCGUUGUAGCAGCAUCGGUAAAGAUCACAGUGUUAGCGGCGCACAUGGUCUCCAGCUCCAGGGAGCAGGUUCGUGUGGACGUUGACAUGUACGGCAUCCCCGCGGACACGGUUCGGCGGAAAUUUCGCACGAAGUACAUGCAGAACGACACGUCAGUGUACUUCCGCUCGCCGACUGUGUUUGCUUUCAAGAAGGUUGUGCUGGCCGACCAUGCUAUGCUACGGUUCAUUGUCGUAGACUCACAGGGCGUGCAGCUUGGCAUGCGCGUGUUGCCUCUUCCUGGCCUGGAGCCAGGCUAUCGUUACAUUCACCUGCACAACGAGAACAACCAGCCGCUGCCGCUAGCCUGCCUGUUUGUACUGGUCGAGGUGAAUGAGUACAUCCCCGAGGAGAUGCAGGACUUUGCGAUGGGCCUCAUAAACCCGGUCCAGUACCAGAAGGAGAACAAUCAGCGCGCGCUGCGCAACAUGAUGGACGAGGACCCACUGCUUGGUGAAGCGGUCAUACCAACCCUAAAUGCGCGUCGCUCCACCAAUGCCUCCCUUUGCCUUUCGCAGCCCAAGCAACUGGAAGAGUGCCAGGCCAGGAGCUCAACCUCGCUCGACCCUUCUGUCGGGCUACUGCAGUCGGGACGUCCCAGGGCAGCGUCUUCGUUUAGCACCAGCGCCCUGCAUUCGCACAAACUUCGCCCGCAGUCCAUGAGAAAGAGUUUUCGGCCCAGCAAGAGCAACACUCGCUUUGCCAAGAGUACGGGGCAGGACAUUAUCGAAGGCAAGGAUGGCCAGAAGAUGCUAGCCAAGAUCAACAAGGAGAUAUCCAACGUCCGGAAGAAGUUCUUGAAGUCACAGGCCUCCAUCAACAAGCUGCAUGCCUCCGAGUUGAAGAAGAAUGCUGGGCAAGGUGACGACCAACGGAUCAAGGAGAAGCAUGCCCAUGAGAUGGCUAAGCUGGUGCGUAAGUGCAUUGCCGAUGAAGAGGGAGUGCUCCUGAAGCAGCUACCGCAAUUCUUCAACUGGGUUUCCAAGACAAUGACAAGCAACAACAACUCUGACGUCAAGAAGCUGGAGUCUGCGCACAAGAAAAACCUAUCAGCACUCAUCUCUACCAACCAGAAAGAGAAUGCACAGAAGUCACACCAGUACAAGGAAGAACAGAAGCGCAAAGUCACCGACAAAGAAGAGCUUCAGCGCAAGAUUCGUGAGUAUAGCAACAAGAUAGUGGAGUCAGCUGUACAGGUGCGAACUGAAGCACUGACUCAACAUGCCCGUGAGAUAACCGCGCUCGAAAUGCUGCAGCAGGAGGCCAUGUCAGACGUGAAAGCUGUCGAAGAGAUGGAGUUGGAACGCGUCCGCAAGCUCUACGUAACCUGCCAGCGGGUGGCAGCCACCUCCGAAGGUGUUCAGGACUACAUGACCAGAGCCUUGGCCGAUAGUCCCUAUAUUUUCAAGUCAGCUUCAGUGUCCCGCUAGAUCGCACCACUUCUUUCCUGUUGUGAGAAUGUGUCUCUAGUUCUCUGGAACCGCUCAUCAGGAAUUGUGAGCCUCCGGCUUAGUUCCCUGUCCCCUCUCCCUUAGUGCCGUCUUCUGCCCUGCUCUCUCUCUCUCUCUCUCUCUCUCUCUCUCUCUCUCUCUCUCUCUCUCUCUCACUCCUGCUCUAUCUAUCAAUCUAUAUAAAUCUCUAUCUGUUCCCUUAUUGCUUGCUUCAGUGCUGUCUCCCUUCUGUAUUUUCUGCACCAGAUUGUUUGGACUGUCCUCAUAGCUAUUACCAUGUGUUGUCAUGAAAUACACACUCUGUGAUCUUCCUUUUCUUUCUUUUUAAACCUUUUUCUCUCCGGACACCUGGCUAACGUUAUUUGACUUCAUGGUAGUUCGUUGUUUUAUUUUAAUUUUCAUGAGCAAUAUCUCACAGAGAGAGCAUGGGUAUAGUGGCUAGAGUAAUCAUGGUAGCUUACAACAUAAUUCAGCAUUACCUAGCUUCUUUUUUAUUGAUUGCUUGUUCGGAUCAACCAAAGCUGUGCUUUGAGUUUUAACCAUGUAUCUAUUAAGGAUUUUUUCUUGCAUGUGCGUCUCUUUCUAUAGCAGUUGAGUAGCUUGCUUGAACUUUGCUUCCAUCUGCGGACCGAAAUGAAGACGAAUUCUUCACAUCUUCAAUAAUUUACAUGAGACUCCCUGCUGUUUCUUGGUUUUUUUUACUAAUCAUCAACUGCCUCGGUAUUGAUAGCCUCUGCUAUUUGAGCGCAAUACCUGGGCCUGCUAUCCGGAGUGUGAAGCGCUGUGGCUCUGCGCCGCCUGUCUUUACGUUAUUGAACCAUUGAAUGUGUGGAUAUGUGGAUGGCAAUGUUA